UUAUUAUAUAGUGUGAGUGUGACUGUGGAUUGUUUUUGUUGACAUAAAUCCGAAAUAAAAAUGGAAAUAAAUUAAAUUAUAUUGAAGAAUCACAGUAAAAUGGCUGCAAUAGGACCAGAGUUUUUGAAUUUUAUAAAAAAAUUGGAAGACAACGGUGAUAAACUUGUGAUAACUACGCCGUUAGAACAACCAAUCGAAUUCGAGUUUAACAAUUCAACAUGUUACGUAUGCAAUGGUUACUACGGACCGAGUUUUGGAGAGCCAGUGUGUGUCACAUGUCAUGCAUUCCUCUUCCCGGAUUUCCCCUCGUAUUUGCCAAGUUCCUACUUCUACAGCGAGAAAACUGAUGAUGGUGACUCUGGGAAUGAUGAGCCAUCAGAUUUGAAUUAUAGCUCAGAUCGUAGACUAAACAGAACAUGUCCUUUACCUGCUUGGUGGUACUAUAGAAAUUCUUUAGACAGUGAAACAAGUCCUGAAGAUGAGGCAAGUCGAGCCAGUAAUUCAGGUCCUGGAGCCAGUGGUAGUGGCAGUGGAGGCAGUGCAUCUGGAGGCCCUUCUUCACGCCCUGAUAGCUUUGGCGAUAGAGCUGGACAAGGCCCACCGCCACAACCUCCUAGUUUGGCUCGCUCACUGCAAGCGCUGUCUAUUCCUAGACCACCAGACAAUUUGGCCCCUGGCCUAGUUGAACAGCUUCCUAGUGAAGUGCUGCUAUGCAUCUUCAGCUACCUGGACGAUCUGUCUCUAUGCGCGUGUGCGUGCGUGUGCGCGCGCUGGUGGCGGCUGGUGCGCGCGCGAGUGGCGCCACCGCGCUGGGCUGCUUUUGCAGCGCGCCGCUGGCCGCUCUUCCGCCCACUACGCCUCGACAUCGAUUGGCAUGAGAAAUACCAAGCGCUGGUGGAGUCGUGUUUCUGCCGCAACUGCUUGGUACAGAUGUGCGUGCAAGCACAGCCCGCAGGCGAGGAGAAUGCCUGGCGGCGGAACAGGCUCAGAAUCGAAUUAAAGAUGAUGCGCAACGAUCCACCAGAGGGUAUAGCGGCAACUCCACUGGACCCCAAGUGUUGCCACUGGCAGGCCAGCGUGACUGGCCCCGUUGGAUCGCCCUAUGAGGGAGGAAUCUUCUAUUUGUACAUACAGGUGCCUUACUCCUACCCAAUGAGUCCGCCGGUCGUACGCUUCUUAACCCGUAUACUUCACCCGAACGUGUCGCGUCACGGCGACGUCGGCAUAGACUCGGUGCACCACAACUGGUCGCUGGCGCUCACUAUCAGCAAAGUACUGAUCUCAAUACAGAGUCUGCUUACAGAUCCUUAUACAAAUGUGUGCAUGGAGCCAGAAAUUGGUGAGAUGUACGUCCGCGAUCGAGCUCGGUUCGAAGCACUUGCGCGCCACUGGACGUGGCGAUACGCUAUGCAUGACAUACUACCCUACUGGUUAAGCCAAACAAAUAAAUAAAUAGAAACCAUAGAUAAGUGGGCUUCGAAGACUCCAUUAUAUAAGUUUUUGUAAAUAAGGACUAUAAAAAGCGAUAUUUUUGUGAUAUAAAAUUACGUUCUACUAUUACUAUGAAGUAAAAUAUAUUAAAACUCUAAUGUAAAAUGAUAGAAAAUUGUAAU